ACUAAUGGAAAACCACCUUUUGUAUUUUAAAUUUUUCCUUUAGGUUUCUUUACAAGUAGUUGAAGACAAUAAUUCAAAAUGCCUGAAAAUCCUGCUACAGAUAAAGUGCAGGUCCUGCAGGUUCUCCAUCGCCUGACAACGAAGUUGCAGGAGAAGGGCGACACGUCGCAGAACGAGAAGCUGUCUGUGUUUUAUGAGACACUGAAGAGUCCUGUCUUCAACCAGAUACUCACGCUUCAGCAGUCCAUCAAGCAGCUGAAGGGGCAGCUCAGCCAUAUACCCUCAGAUUGUUCAGCCAACUUUGAUUUUUCUAGGAAAGGUUUAUUAGUGUUCACGGAUGGUGCCAUUACGAACGGGAAUGCCCACAGGUCCUCUAAUAACUUGACUGUGUCUGGGUUAUUUCCUUGGACCCCUAAGUCAGGAAAUGAAGACUUUAACUCAAUUAUUCAGCAGAUGGCUCAGGGCCGGCAAGUCGAGUACAUCGAGAUAGAACGGCCCUCCGAGGGAGGCCUGGGGUUCAGUGUGGUGGCCGUGAGGAGUCAGCCUCUGGCAGCAGUGGACAUCUUUGUGAAGGAGGUGCAGCCGGGGAGUGUGGUGGACAGGGAUCAAAGGUUAAAGGAAAAUGACCAAAUAUUGGCUAUUAAUCACACACCACUGGACCAGAGCAUUUCUCACCAGCAGGCAAUCGCAUUAUUACAGCAAACCACUGGACCUUUGCGUCUGGUCGUGGCGAGGGAGCCAGUCCACACAAAAAGUGGUACUUCCACCAGCCUACCUGAUACAACCCUGCCGGGAACGGUUCGCUGGGGCCAUAUUGAAGAUGUUGAGCUCAUUAAUGACGGGUCUGGAUUAGGUUUUGGAAUAGUUGGAGGAAAAUCAAGUGGUGUGGUCGUGAGGACUAUAGUUCCUGGAGGAUUAGCAGAUCGAGAUGGAAGACUCCAGACAGGGGACCACAUCCUGAAGAUUGGCGGCACUGACGUGCAGGGCAUGACGAGUGAGCAGGUUGCACAAGUGCUCAGGAAUUGUGGGGACUCGGUCAGAAUGCUUGUUGCCAGAGACCCAGUCGAUGAAGUCUUUGUAACCCCUCCCAUCCCUGCCACCUCGCCUGUUGCCCUGUCUGCCGUCGCCAACAGCAGUCCGAGCUCUGACAAUUCUACUCUUUUUGAAACUUAUAAUGUUGAACUCAUUAAAAAAGAUGGACAGAGUCUUGGAAUUAGAAUUGUUGGCUAUGUUGGAACCCCAAAUACAGGGGAAGCCUCAGGGAUUUAUGUGAAAAGUAUCAUACCUGGCAGCGCAGCGUACCACAAUGGCCAGAUUCAAGUGAACGACAGAAUAGUGGCUGUCGACGGUAUGAAUAUUCAGGGUUUUGCCAACCAGGAUGUCGUCGAGGUGUUACGAAGUGCAGGGCAGGUGGUGCGUCUGACUCUAGCUCGAAGGAAGACGCCCUGGUCUGCUGCUCCACGUGAGUGGCCCUCAGACAGAGGAGCUGUUUUAGAACCACCGAAAACACCAGCCCUCUUUCUCUCUGGAGCAGUGGAAACGGAAACUAAUUUGGAUGGUGAAGAUGAAGAAACUGAAGAGAGAAUAGAUAAUCUAAGAAAUGACAACGUACAAGCCUUAAAGAGAUGGGAAAGAGUCCCAGACUUUCCAGAAAAUGAGCUGAAAUCCAGAUGGGAAAACCUAUUGGGCCCUGAUUAUGAAGUAAUGGUUGCUACCUUGGACACACAGAUUGCAGAUGAUGCUGAGUUACAGAAAUAUUCAAAGCUGCUGCCCAUCCACACCUUGAGGCUUGGCAUGGAAGUGGAUUCCUUUGAUGGACACCAUUACAUCUCUUCGAUUGCGCCAGGUGGUCCUGUUGAUACGCUGAACCUUCUACAGCCAGAGGAUGAGCUUCUCGAGGUCAACGGUGUGCAGCUCUAUGGGAAAUCUCGCCGAGAAGCAGUCUCCUUCCUUAAAGAAGUGCCUCCCCCCUUUGUCUUGGUCUGCUGUCGGCGGCUGUUUGACGAUGAAGCCUCUGUGGAUGAACCGAGGGCCCCCGAAGCCUCUCCUCCCAAGACGCAGGCUGACCACAAUAUAGACGUGAAUCUUGAAGACGACGAUGAUGGGGAAUUAGCACUGUGGUCUCCUGAAGUCAAGAUUGUGGAACUAGUAAAAGAUCAUAAAGGCUUGGGAUUCAGCAUUCUGGAUUACCAGGACCCCUUGGAUCCCACGAGAUCAGUGAUUGUGAUCCGCUCCCUGGUGGUGGACGGCGUCGCAGACAGAGGUGGGGAACUACUGCCUGGAGACCGCCUGGUCUCGGUCAACGAACACAGUUUGGACAACAGCACCCUUGCUGAAGCCGUGGAGGUGUUGAAAGCUGUGCCGCCAGGCACGGUGCGCCUUGGCAUCUGUAAGCCUUUGGAAGAUGAUAAAGAGGAAGAAAGUCAUUAUAUUUUACAGUCAAACAAUCAUGAAGACGAGACUGAUAUUUCAGGAACAAUUCAUGAUAUAAAUUCAUCUUUAAUACUUGAAGCACCCAAGGGAUUUAGAGAUGAGCCCUAUUUUAAAGAAGAACUUGUGGACGAACCAUUUCUAGAUUUGGGAAAGUCUUUCCAGUCCCAACAGAAAGAGAUCGACAACAGCAAGGAGGCCUGGGAAAUGCAGGAAUUUCUGACUCCUGGACUGCAGGAAAUGGGUGAGGAGAGGGAAAUGCUUGUAGAUGACCAGUACGAGCUGUAUCAGGCUGGCCGUCAGUCCGUGCAGUCGUAUUCCUCGCCGCACGUCCAGGAGGCCGCUCCGGUUCCGGCGGUGGAGGAGCUUCACUUCGGUGCGCAGUGGUUACUUGAUGGUGAGCCUCCUGAGCCUCGAGAAGCAAGGUCUGCGAUGAGCAUGUACUCCCAGGAGGCGCAGCAGUGUGGCUGUGGCACCGAAGACCUGAUGAAAGAAAAUUUUGGCAUCGAUUCCCUACCCUCCAUGCCCUCAACUGAAGGGAGCAGUCAACAAGGCAGAUUUGAUGGUCUGGAAAAUCUUAAUUCAUUAACAAAAAGCAGUCUGGAUUUAGGCGUGGUGACUCCGAAGGAUGUCCAGGGUCCUGGCUUGCUCGUUGAACUUCCUGCUGUGGCUCAAAGAAGGGAUCAGGAAGAUCUGCCUUUAUACCAACUCCCCGGGACCCGAGGUGUUUCCAAGGCCUCAGUGUACACAGGAAUGUUAUCUUCUAGAUAUGCCACUGAUACAUGUGAGUUACCUGAGAGAGAAGAAGGUGAAGGAGAAGAAACGCCAAACUUCAGCCACUGGGGUCCACCAAGAAUUGUUGAGAUUUUCAGAGAACCCAACGUGUCUCUUGGUAUUAGUAUUGUCGGUGGACAAACCGUUAUAAAACGCCUGAAGAAUGGAGAGGAGCUUAAAGGAAUAUUUAUCAAGCAAGUUCUAGAAGACAGCCCGGCAGGGAAAACAAACGCUCUUAAAACUGGAGAUAAAAUACUUGAGGUGUCUGGAGUAGAUUUGCAGAAUGCCUCGCACAGAGAAGCAGUCGAGGCCAUUAAGAAUGCAGGAAACCCUGUGGUGUUCGUCGUUCAGAGCUUGUCAUCCACUCCGAGAGUCAUUCCUAGUGUGCAUAACAAGGCCAACAAAAUCGCUAAUAACCAGGACCAGGACACCCAAGACAAAAAAGAAAAGAGGCGAGGAACUGCCCCACCUCCAAUGAAGCUGCCGCCUCCUUAUAAAGCUCCAUGUGGUGACAGCGACGGAGAGGAAGAUGAAGACGCAUUUACCAACAGUGAGUUCCUUUUCAUUAUUUGA